AAAGCCUUGAUUAGCUUGUCUAAAAAUAUUAAAACUUUUUCUGAACAUUUUACCAAAGCAAAUUAAAACUAUAAAACAAAAAUUUAUUAUGGUCGUGCAGAGAUUCAUUAAGUUUGUGCUCUUUGCCGGCACGUUUUACUUGGCCAAGGAACUGGGAGUCUGGGAGGAUCCAGUUGAACCGGAUGUGAACAUGGAGAAGGAAGGAUCUGUUGAGACGGAGAGUUCGACCGAGCAACCGGCAGAAAGAAAGAGCCCAGACUUUAAAAAGGCGUUCUUCGAUGAGGAGGACAAGCGAAAACUCCAACGCAAAAAGGAGGAACUGGAGAAAAAGCUCUGUCCCAAAGGGAGCAUCUGCGAGCCGCCACCAAAGUCUCUAAGCGAAUCCAUCGGAGAAGCGCUCUACGACACUUGGCUGGCUUUGAAGAAGAUUCCACCAUACUGGAUGGAAGCCGCAGAAAAUGUGGCCGAAAGCAUUUGUCGUUUAAUCAAAGGGGAUAAAUAACAAAGUGUAGUGGAUCUAAGCUUAAAGUCCAAAACAAAAAUCAAACUCAGUAAACGUAUGACUUUCGAAAUAAUCAAAAUUCUGUUAAAAAUCAACAAAAAUAUAAAUCCUAAACAUUUUUUUACUUAAA